GUUUACGUAACGCGUCGACUGUAAUACUGUUAAGAUAAGCAACAAAAUUUCUACAGCAGUAAAGAUGGUAGCUGUAUCGGAGAGAGGAUACUUCCAUUGGAUCGAUUGGCUGGUGUUUGCACUUAUGCUCCUCGUGUCUGCCGCAGCCGGCUUAUGGCACUUCAGAAGGGCGCAAAAGUCGAACACACAGGACUACCUGCUUGGAGGAAGGAGCUUAGGACUCUUUCCCGUGUCCGCUUCCCUCGUUGCGAGCUUCAUAUCAGGCGUGACGAUCUUGGGCACUCCGGCGGAGAUCUACAACUUUGGUACGCAGUACUGGAUCACGAUCAUCUCCAUUUUCUUCUCUGGUAUCGCAGUCGCCUACGUGUAUCUCCCUGUCUUUACUACGCUCCAACUUAAUUCCGUUUACGAGUAUUUAGAAAUUCGAUUCGAUCGAAAUGUGCGGAUUCUCAUUUCGUCAAUUUUCGUUUUCGACGUGGUAAGUCUUGUAUAAAUAAU